AUGAAGUUCUGCACUGUUUCCUUUCCCUUGACUGUUCUUACGUGGGCGCUUCUCCUCCUCGCCCCGUUCGCAACCGCAUGCACAACUCGACCAACCACCCCUCGACGGGCUUUUGCACACCCAGGUCUUUUGCAUACCACAAAGGACUUUGAGCGAAUAAAAGACUUCCUUGGGGCCAACCGCCAGCCAUGGAAGACAGGUUGGGACAAGCUCGCUACGCGCGCCAGCGCCGAUCAUACUCCUCGGCCGGUAGAGACGGUCUGCCGCGGAGCAGGUACCGAGUGCGCCUCGGAGAACUACGCUCUGCUCUUCCGCGACGCAGCUGCCGCUUAUACUAACGCCGUCCACUGGAAGAUCACAGGAAACGAGUCGCACGCUGAAGCCGCAGGCCGCAUUCUCGACGCCUGGAGCAGCACUCUCGUACGUGUCUGGGGGUCCUCCGACAAAUUCCUUGCAAGCGGUAUCUACGGCUAUCAGCUCGCCAAUGCCGGCGAGCUUCUGCGCGACUGGAGCGGUUGGAAAGGCUUUCCAGCCCUUGUCAAUAUGUUGAAGAACAUAUUCUAUCCGAUGAAUCACGAUUUCCUUGUCAAUCACAACGGCGCCGUGAUUGACCACUACUGGGCGAAUUGGGACCUGGCAAACAUGUGCGCCAUGCAAGCGAUCGGAGUCCUCUCGGACAACGCGACGAUGUAUGAAGAAGCAGUCAACUACUUCAAAAACGGAGCAGGAAACGGACAGAUUGAAAAUGCAAUUUGGAAGCUACACAAGGAACCGGGUUCAGACAAAAACCUCGGCCAGGGACAGGAGGCCGGCCGAGACCAGGGACAUGCGCUCCUCGACUUUGCCUUCCUUGGCGUCUUCGCUCAGCAGUCUUACAGCCAAGGAGAUGAUUUAUUUGGAUAUCUAGACAACAGAAUCCUCGCUGGCGCGGAGUACGUAGCCAAGUACAACCUCGGCCACGAUGUCCCUUUCGAGACUUUUACAAACAGUCACGGCACCGCUGAGGUUAUCAGUGAAGUCGCUCGCGGGCAGCUUCGUCCCAUCUGGGAGCUUUUGUAUAGUCACUACGACUCCAUCAAAGGCUUGAAUGCCUCAUGGACUGGGCAGAUGCGCGACCAUGUAAAUGAGGAGGCCGGGGGCGCUGAAGGUGGAGGUGGCGACUAUGGUCCGAACAGUGGCGGUUACGAUCAGUUGGGCUUUGGAACACUCUUGUACAGAAUUGAAUAG